AAAUUGAUGAGAAUGUGGUCCUCACACAAUUCCUCUCUAGCUACCAACUAGCUUUUCAUCUAUAAUAAAAAUUAUAUUCUCUUUCAUCUUCCCUCUUCUGAUCUCCAUAUCAAUCUCUCCAGAUAUAUCAUCCACUUUCUGAUCUCCCUCCCUAUCUAUCCCCGCGCCUAUAAAUUUGAUGACACCCGAUCGAGCUCGAUCAUGAGUAGUAGCAAGGUGGUAAUGAAGAGGGAGGCCAUGGAGGGGGAGAGGGACUCGCCGUCAUCGGCCGACGACGACAAGAAGAAGCGAGGCGGCGGCAAGAAAGGCGGUGGCGGCAACAAUGGAGGGCCGUCGAUGAGGAGUUGCCAGGCUGAGAAGUGCAGUGCUGAUCUUCACGAAGCUAAGCAGUACCACCGGCGGCAUAAGGUGUGCGAGUACCAUUCCAAGGCGCAGGUGGUGGUCGUCGCCGGUCUCCGGCAACGAUUCUGUCAGCAAUGCAGCCGAUUUCACGAGCUUGGUGAAUUCGACGAAGCUAAGAGGAGUUGCCGGAGGAGGCUGGCCGGACACAACGAGAGGCGGAGGAAGAGCUCGGCUAUAUCAUCCGAGUCUCAGGCGGCGGCAGAAGCGGUGGCCGCAUCUUCAUCAACCCGCAAUCAGUAUCUGAAGGACGUAAACGCGUGCGGGCAGGUUGACGAGAAGGGAAGAAUUCAGAUGUCCAUCCAAGAAAAUUCUUCUUUCAAACACUUUCAGAUCAGAUAAAAUAUUUUACAAAUAUUAAGGAUAUGAUCCUUAUUGAUGCUAGCUAAUUAAUCGACUAUGAAUUGCCCUCUCUCUUCUGUCAUGUGAUCGAAGCUCAAAUCUUAUAUAGUUAGUGGGAUUAACUAAUAAUUAUAUAUAUAUAUAUAUAUAAGUCUAUAUAUAUAUAUGGGGUCAUAAUAUUGAAGAAAGAAGAGAAGCCAUGCUUUGGUUGUUUGUAUGCAUCCAAAGCUGCUUCGUCUAAGGUUUCAUUUGUAUCUACUGAUGAUUAUUGGCUUUACAUUGCUAAAUAAAUUGCACGCAUCGUACGUCCUAAA